GGACUCCAAAAUUUUUUCGCAACAGACUUCGUUGCAGGCAUACAUAAUCAACAUGGAUUCCGAUGAAGGCCUUGAAGUUCGCCAGCUGCAGGCAUCGGAUUACGACAAGGGUUUCCUCGAUGUGCUUGCACACUUAACGACCGUGGGAGAGGUUUCUCGGGAUCUGUUCGAAGAGCAGCUUCGGCGCAGGGACGCGGAUGGGAGCUAUCGCACGGUAGUUAUAGAAGACGGCGGGCGCAUCGUGGCGACUGCCGCCAUGGUCAUCGAGCUCAAGUUCAUUCACGCAUGCAGCAAGGCUGAUCGCUGCGCUGGUGGACGCGGCUCGCGAGGCGGGCUGCUACAAGGUGAUCCUGGACUGCGCGGAGGCCAACGUGGCGUUCUACGAGAAGUGCGGCCUCACACGCAAGGAGGUGCAGAUGGUUCGCUACCUAGACCGCUGAGGAGCAAGAUGUCCACCGGCAUGGCUCGGCCAGUUGAUUCAUGGCAAUGCCCGUGUACUGGGCCAGUCAUGAAGUCAUGAAUAUCUUUGGCAAGGGACGAAGCACGAGGGCAAUACCGGUACACAAAGAUGCUGGUGCCGUCUGGUCCUGCGGGCCUGUCUGGCACGGGUACAUGCUGCUAGGCUUGCGCAUGCAACCGGAACCUGAACUGGGCAGGGAGUUCCCUUAACGCACCCGGGAUGCUCACUGCUUAAACGGAACAUUGCUCUUCGCAAUCGCGUGAGAAUUGCCGCGACUGCCGCUUCUCCUUAGGCUUUGCCUGGUAUCUCUGCUGCGUUUGGGGGUCGUACAUACCGUACAGCCCCUUGAGGCGGCCUGCCGACGGACCUGGCAGACACUAGCCCUACGUCCUUGAGUGUCCGUGGCCCGUCUGGCCAUAUAAUAAUAAUAAUAAUAGUUACGCCGGGCAAGCCCUGGCGUGGAUUAAGGGGGUGAGGCACUGAAGGGGGUCAGCCCUUGGAUGCCAGCACCACCGUCAACGUGGUCAGAGAUCGCAUGUGUCCUUAUCCCUCCUCUUGGAGGGUUGCUCGUGGGUUGUUUUCUAGCACCCUUCGGCACCUGACUAUCUUGUUGAGGUGGGUAAGGGCGUGGUGGUGGAGUGCUUCGCAGCACUUUGUGGCUUUGCUUGGGGUGACUCCCAAGUCUAUGAGGGUUUUUCGAAGGUCUUUGCGGAUGGUGCCUCCUACUCCUAGGCUGAUGGCCUCCUGGGUGGUGUAUUGUACGGUCCAUCCGUCCGCCCUGAGUAGUUCGGCAAGGCGCUUGUGCUGGUCGGCCUUCUGAUGCUGUUUGUCAGCAUGUCUGAGGUCUCCCGCGUAGCCUAUCUCGAGGAUGUGAAUAGUGUAGGGUUUCGGGUUUCGUGUGCGCUUCCGGGGUUUCUGCAUCGUGUUAUUGCUGGCUGGCAGGCCCUGUAUGAUUAGAAUGUCAGGUCUCAUCUUGUCCCACUCUGAUGCUUCGGUGUGUGGGGGUCGGAGCCAUUCGGGGAGACGUUUCCCCGCGAUGUACUCUGGGAGAUCUUCUGCUUUUCCCGCGUCCAUGACCAUGUAACUCCCUCCGUGCUGCCCCUUGUGUAUGGCAUCCGCUACAAUACGGACGGCUCCGUCAUGUCUUGUGCAAUACAUCCCGUGCAUUCGCGGGUCUUUGCAGCCACCCAGGAUGUGGCCCCCUGAGUCACAUACCUUACGGCAUACGGGGCAGGGGGGUCCGUGCCCACGGUCCUCGGGUGGGGUGUCCGUCUGGCCAUACACAAUGUACCGGUACUCGUGUACGGAUGUAGCUUAAACGGAUUUGAGGAGUGGCUUGACUUGCUGAGCAAGAGGUACUGAGCGCUGGGCCUAGAACACAGCUGCCUUGGUACUUUAAUCAUGACGAGUGGGUGACAGCUGGUGGGAGGCAGUGCUGUGGACCUCAGCGGGGGCAACACCCCAUUUCUGCCGGCGACUGUUGCGAACGCAUGCCGUUUGUGGGUUCCGUUUCUGAUCGGGGCGGUCAGGUGCUGGAGGUGUGGCAGGUUCGGCGUAAAGGG